AUCAUAUCUAUUGUUCGACUACAAUAUGACAAGGAUCAUUUCCUAUGUACAUAUAGUAUGUACAUAUAUACACCAUUUAGGACCUGCUUAAAACUACAGUUGACAACUAUUAUAUGAAUGUAUGUGCAUAUGUACACAUUUAUGUAUACAUAUACUUAGAUACACAUGUCUAUGGUUUGUUUACACAUGUACCUGCGUGCCAAAGAGCGUCUCUUUUCGCGAAUAUCGCGACAGUGUCGCUGUAUGGAAUGCUCUAAACAAGUGCUUAGCCCAUGAAAUAUGGAAACCAUGAGUGCAGAGUUCCGAAGAAAUCCUAAUAUAAGAGCGGGUAGACUUACUUAUGGACCAUGCAAAACACCCAAUGGCAAGCCUGGCACCUGCAUACUUUUGCAGCAAUGUAAAAAACUCUACUCUUUGGUGAUGACCCAACAACCACUACACGACGUGAAUAGGAUAUAUCUGACCCAGAGUCAAUGCGGUUAUCUAUAUGGUAAAGUUUUGAUUUGCUGUCCCAAUCAAAAUCCAAUCCCAAGUACUACUGCGAUGCCAUCGUUAACGAAACCGACUCAAUCGAGAUUGGGUUUGAAAAAAUCCAUUUUAAUAGAUAAAACUUCCAUGGAAAAGACGAAAACGAAAAAACUUCCACGUUCCGGACAAUGUGGUCAAAUGAGUUCGGGUCGUAUUUAUGGCGGCAAUGUCACAGAGAUUGAUGAAUUCCCAUGGUUGGCUUUGAUUGGCUAUAAAAAACGUUUCGGACAAUUUGGUUAUCACUGCGGUGGUUCUUUAAUCAACUCCCGUUAUGUUAUCACUGCCUCCCACUGUGUUAACGGCAGGGCUUUGCCAAUUGAUUGGAAGAUUUCCACGGUACGCUUAGGCGAAUGGGAUACUAAUACAAAUCCGGAUUGCCAAGUAGAUGCGCGCGGUGUGAAGAACUGUGCGCCAACACAUAUUGACGUGCCUAUUGAAAAGGCCAUACCACAUCCAAAAUUUGAUCCACGGUCGACCAAUCAAGUUAAUGAUAUUGCGCUCUUGCGUUUGAAGCAAACAAUUACAUUCACCGAUUUCAUACAACCAAUUUGUCUGCCUUUGAGUACUAAUUUACGUAAUGCCGCUUUUGACGAUAUUAUCAUGGACGUGGCGGGUUGGGGUAAAACGGAGGCAAAAUCUAGAAGCAAUGUUAAACUAAAGGCCGAAGUUACUGGCGUUCUAUUAGAGAGUUGUCGGAAGGUAUAUCAGCAACAAAAUAUUGUGCUCGAGUCGAGCCAGUUGUGUGCUGGUGGUAAAAGUGGCGUAGAUUCAUGUCGCGGCGAUUCGGGUGGUCCUCUAAUCGGUCUGGGUACAACUGGGCGGGGAAAUAGCCAUUACUUUUUAAUUGGCAUUGUGUCAUUUGGACCAGCUUCAUGUGGUACGGAUGGUUGGCCAGGUGUUUAUACUAGGGUUGGCCAUUUUGUAGAAUGGAUUCAAGCUGUAACUGAAACUUAAGUGUAUGUAUAUAUGUGUGUGUAGGUAAAACAAGUGAACACAUUGAAAAAAUAGUACGGAAUUUGUACACUCUUUGCUGAUGUACGAGCAUGUGUGUAUACACAUACUUCUGUGCAAUACCGUACACACCUUGUGUACUGGGUAAUUCUGUGUAUAUAAGUACAUAUUUAUAUUUCUCUAUCUGUGUGUGUUAUGGUUACUAGUCUUGAUGUCCAGCUUGGUUGGAUAUAUUAUUUUAGUUUUAAGAAUACUACCUGUAUUAUAUUUUCGUUUUAUUUUUAAGAACACCUUAGUACAAAGACAAAUUAUGUAUGUAUGUAUGUAUGAACAUAUUUGUGUAGACGUAUUUCUAAUGAAAAAGUCUUUACUAUAAACAAAUGGCAAUAGAGAUUUUGUUGAGAAAGAUAUCCUUUGAAAAGGAAAGGUCCAUGCAAACAUACAUACAAAUGUAUAUGUGUAUAUAUUUAAUAUUAGUAUAGUUCAUAGUAAAGUGUAUAAUAAAAAGUAAUA